GUUGUUUCCCGCUGCCUUCGCGCUCUCUCUCAACCAAUUCGACCCAGCAAACGGAACGCUGCAAGUUGCGCACAUCUCGCCAUGGCGAACUCCUCCUCGAUCCUGCAGCAGCUGGGCUGCUUCCGGUCGCUUCUCACCAAGCCCCGGGUGUCGGGGGUCACCACCACCACCACCAGCGGCCGCCGCAUGCUCACGACCGUCUGGUCCGCCAAACCGGCCCCGAUCCCCUUCCCCAAGAAAUUGCCUGAACAAUUCCACGAUCAAAUACCGAAGCGCUUCCGAUUGAACAUUGCCCGCAAGAAGAUGAAGAUCUACCCGCCACCCCCGCAGCUCAAGUGCAAGGACCCGAUCGACUUCAUCACGCAGACGCAACUCAACAAGCUGGACCCCUCGGGCAAGCGCCGCGAGCUCUUCGACUACCGGCGGCACGCCCGCAGCGUCAAGCCCGGCGACAUCAUCCGCGUGACGUUCAAGAACGGCGACCCGUUCGCCGGCGUGGUGCUGAGCAUCAAGCUGCGCGGCGCCGACACCUCCGUGCUGAUGCGCAACCAGCUGACGCGCGUCGGCGUCGAGAUGUCCGUCAAGGUGUUUUCCCCCAACGUCGAGAGCGUGGAGAUCGUGCAGCGCACGCAGAAGCGGAAGCGCAGAGCUCGCUUGUAUUACCUCAGACAGCCUAGACACGAUAUGGGCAGUGUUGAGAAUCUGGUCACCAACUACCUCAGACAGAAGAGAGCGCUCACUGGUGCGAAGAUGGGCGGCAACCAGAAGCGGUGAUUGUUGCGGUUGGGGUUGCGGUUGGGGUUGGCUGGAGGUUGCGACAACGGGCAUGGUUUGGGGCGAAUGUAUUUUUAUGUUAACUAGCAUGUGUAUAUUGGAUCUUAGGUCCGGGUGUUCGUUUUUUUUUUUUAUCUCGUUUCGUGUUUCGGAUACAGUUCAAAUCAAAAGAUCUGGGAUUUCCUCUUGGCUUUUUCUUUUUGUCUUCCAGUUUACACGGCAAGAGGUUUGUCUUUGUCUUUGGUUUGGGAUGAGAGACUUCGCAGAUACUUUUUCCACAUUUACACAUGAUGCCUCUACAUAUUGCUAUACGUUUCGGAUAUGGUUGUAUGCACCGAGCAUAUGAGCAUACCUAAGGC